AGGGGAAGAAAAUGCAACAAGAGCGCUAGACUGCAACUGGGGACUUCACCAUGGAAGACUUGGAAGGGCAUCACUUCAGUUCAGUGGAAGAAGAAACUAGAUACUGGAAAGAACUGGCGAUGAAGUACAAGCAGUGUGCAGAGAAUACACAGGAGGAGCUGCGGGAGUUCCAGGAAGGGAGCCGGGAGUAUGAAGCAGAGCUGGAGACACAGCUGCAGCAAACGGAAUCCAGAAAUCGGGACCUUCUGUCAGAAAAUAAUCGCCUUCGAAUGGAGCUGGAAUCAAUUAAGGAAAAGAUUGAAAUGCAGCAUUCAGAAGGCUAUCAGCAGAUCUCCUCACUAGAAGAAGACCUGGCACAGACAAAAGCCAUUAAAGAUCAACUUCAGAAAUAUAUUCGGGAACUUGAGCAAGCAAAUGAUGACUUGGAAAGAGCAAAAAGAGCCACUAUAAUGUCCCUGGAAGAUUUUGAACAACGUUUAAACCAGGCCAUUGAAAGAAAUGCCUUUCUGGAGAGUGAGCUGGAUGAGAAGGAGAACCUCCUGGAGUCAGUGCAGCGCCUGAAGGAUGAAGCUAGAGACUUACGGCAAGAACUCGCAGUGCAGCAGAAGCAGGAGAAACCCAAAACACCUAUACGAAGUACUCUGGAGGCGGAAAGAACGGACACAGCUGUGCAAGCAACCUUAUCCAUGCCUUCUACCCCUGUAGUCCAUAGGGGACCCAGUGUCAGUCUGAGCACUCCAGGAACUUUCAGAAGAGGUUUUGAAGAUGGUUACAGUGGGGCUCCCCUCACGCCAGCUGCCAGGAUAUCCGCACUUAACAUUGUGGGAGACUUGCUACGGAAAGUAGGGGCCUUGGAGUCCAAGCUUGCAUCGUGUCGGAAUUUUGUGUAUGACCAGUCGCCAAACAGAACCAUCGUGUCGUCGUCCCCAUUCAUGAACAGGAGCAGAGAUGGCUUUGAACGACUGGGCCCUUCCCAUCUCCCCCUGUGUGAUACAGGGUUAGUGAAACGUCUGGAGUUUGGAACAAGGCCUUCAAACAUUGCAGCCCCAAUGGCCCAUUCCCCACAAGGUGUAGUCAAGAUGUUACUCUGAGAAGAUCAUGGAACUAAGACCACAACAUUUUGGUUUUUGGGUUUUUUUUCCCCAAAGGAGAAAACUCUUCCAAGCUGUUUAGUUCCAAACAGGAUAUUAACAUAGAGUUGCAGUAGUAAGUAACUGGAGUAAGGGUAAGUGAGCUGGAAAUGCAACAACCUCCAUCUCAGCCUGCGACAAAGUAGCACUGCCGCACAGCAUGGGACUGUGAAUCCUGUCAGCUGCUGUAUAUUAGCUUCUUGAGGCCUUCUUCUGUGACACUGCUGGUAUAAACUGCCACUGCCUUCUGAAGAGACACUAUUUCCCACCUUCCCCAAAUAAAUAACAAAUGUCAUUGUAUGCAGCACACCUACUGUUCUAGCUUGAAUCACGAUGAUAACUUUCUAGUGCAGGCCACAUACAUCAGUAACCCAAAUUGGGAGGCAGAAUAUUCUUCCAUUAGUUCCAAGGUGAGACUGGAUAAACAACAAUGCAAUUGCAAGUAAGCUUUAUAUGAGACUACGUGGAGAAAUGUAUUGCUGGAAUCUCAUUGACCAUCUGCCUUUGAGGCUGGAGAAAGUGACUUUUCAUUAAGAUUUCCUACUGGUUGAAGGAGGCAGGGAAUGCUCAAUGGCUGCAUUUUUCAAGGCAGCCAGAAUGUGCCAUGGUUCUUUGCACUGAUUUAAUGAACACAUUCAGGUUUCUUGCAAUUUCCACAUGACUGUCUUCCUUGGGUUAUGAUUUCAAUGGUGGAGCUUUUUUUCUUUUUUUUUUUUUUUUGGUUUCUAAACCUCCUGUUAUUGAUGUGCCUUGUGUGUUUAGCGUAAGAAUGCACCCUUUCUAGUUGCUCCUGAUACUAACGUAGAAAUGCCUUUUUAACCUGAGAAAUCCUUAAUGCUGGUCAAAGUAUUAAAAUGAAUUUUUUAAAGUAGGUUUUUAUCCAAUAAAAUAAGAGCUUUUUUUGUUUUAAUGGAUCAAGGUCACUUGUAUCAAUAUUAUGUCAUAGAAAUUUGUAACAAAUAUUUUUUGCACUAUUUUUGCACAAAUUAUGAAUAGAUAAAGGUGUUUUUUAUGUUUGACUCAGCAUUCAGGUACUAUUGUAACAGUGUCUUUCUCAGGCACUGUAUUUCUAUGGUAUAGGAAAUAACCUCAGGUUAAUCCCACUCUUUUUAUAUGUCUGGUUUUAUCAGUGAACAGAAUAAAGCUUAUUCUGAAUGCUGGUCUGUGGACAACAUUACCUGAUCCACUCUGAAUUCACUGCAAGUUGUAUUUACAAUUUAUGUACAAGUAUUGGUCUAACCAGUUUCUCAGCUUGUUUUGCUAUAUAGAGUAUGAAACACAGCCAUACUUAUCAAGUGUAAAGAGUUCAGAAAGUA